AUGGCGAGCAUAGUCGAGCUUCGAAUUGCGCAUACUAGUCCUUUCGUCGGGACCGCACUUCUAAACGCUUUUGGGAGUCCGACCAUUCUCUGUAUUCUCGGAAGACACCUUAUGAUCAAUCUAAAGGAGGCAGCCGAGAGAGGGAUGAAUGAAGGUACGAGUUACAGGUUGCAAACCAUCAGUAGCGACAUUGAAUUUGAUGAGCUGGCAUCAGGUUCGAGUGAGGGAGGCACAUUGAGUACUUGA